AAUGUUCCGAGCCGCUUGUUCGAAAGUUACUUUUUUUUCACGGCAAUUUCGACUUACUUUCACAUUCACACAGCUCAUACGCGGGAAAGAGAUGUAUGUAUUACACAUGACUUGUGCGCGCUCAUGAAGGUUACGUUUGAAAGGCGACUCUUCAGCGGACAUUGGAUACGACUUCAUGACGCACUUGAUGCUGCACUUAUUUUUGCUUUAAAUAUCAUAUUUCCUCUUUCUUUCUCUCUCUCUCUCUCUCUCUCGUAUCUUUUCUUGGAAAGAUUGGACAAUCUGUCGAUGGCUACAUGAUCCCGUUGUCCCUGGUUCUUGCUUUUUACUCGUGCACUGCAAAACCGGCGGGUCAACCUUGUCUGAAUCUCAUCAGCUGAAUCACGCGUGAUAAAGUAAAUAAGUAUAUAAUGCACUUUUCUCGUUUGCCACUGGGGGACAAAAAAAUCCCGUUUGCCUUCUUGUUUUUUGAUCGUAUUUUGAUCCUGUCCUUCCAAGAAUGCCCGGUGAUCGCACGAAUUGGUAUUGAACGAUCGUGACGUCCGUACAGUCUCCUCCUCGUUCUUCCCGUCAUCUAUAAAUACGUGCAACAGGGAACAUUAUAACGGGCAGUUCUAUUGAAAUGCUAGCAACCGCGCAUUCGCUCAAAAUGAUUAGUUUAGCACACGCGUUUGUGGUAUGUACCGUGAUAUACAUCGUUCUGUUCGCGGACACGACGAACGGGCAGCACUACUCGAGCAAGUACGACACCAUAGAUAUCGAAGCGAUAUUGGACACUCCUCGCUUGAGAAACCAAUAUGUCAACUGCAUACUUAACGUAUCGCCUUGCGUUACGGGGGCUGCGCGUUAUUUGAAAGAAAACUAUGCGGAAGCUUUCGUCACCAGAUGUAAAAAAUGUACGGAAAAACAGGCAGAGUUCUUUGACAAGGUUGCAGACUGGUUUACGAAAAACGAUCCUGAGACUUGGGAUCGCGCAAUAAAAUUAGCCAUUAAAGAAUUACGAGACAAAAAUUCAUAACGACACCGGUAUUAAUGCAU